CCCCAACCCCCCAAGGCCCCAACCCAACACUCCCUCCUCCCAAGACCCCCCAACUCCCAAGCUAAACCCCCUUCCUUCGUUUUCAUUCUUUCGUUUUUCGAAAUUAUUACAGGAAAAAAUGAAAAUUAGAAAGAACUGUAACGAGGAGACAGAAUUAAUGGAUCUCCUUUGACCUCUCUCUGCUCUGAGCCUCUCUCUGCUCUGAGCCUCUCUCUCUCUCUCUCUCUCUCUCUCUCACAAAGCAGAGGAAUACUAAACGGAGAGACAUAGAUCUCCGGUCGAUUUUGUCCGGACGGGAAUCUGACAUCAUGAGACCUGAAGAAACCACUUACCAGUCGGCACUGGACAAACCCCUUGAUCAGCUCACUGACGAAGACAUUUCACAGCUCACCCGCGAGGAUUGCCGUCGAUACCUCAAGGAAAAAGGCAUGCGUCGUCCAUCUUGGAACAAAUCUCAAGCGAUCCAGCAAGUUCUUUCCUUAAAGUCGCUGCUUGAGACGAGGUCGGACUCCGGCGCCGGUACUCGCCAGAGUUUCGUUUCCUCCCGCCCGGAAAAUCCACUGCCGCAUCAUAUCCCUUCUGGUCCUGUAUCGGCUUCUGAUGAACACGUAUCGUAUCGGCGAAAAGAUCCACCGAAACUCCCUUUUUCCGGUAAUGUGUCGGCCCGUCUCCCCUCCACCGACAACAACAAAUCCAUCCCUCCCACCCCUAACAGCAGAAUCAAAAGCGUAGCGAGUGAACCAGUGGGUCAGAUGACUAUUUUCUACCAUGGAAAAGUGAAUGUCUAUGAUGAUGUAUCGGCUACUAAGGCUAGAGCAAUCAUGCAACUUGCAGCCAGCCCCAUCUACUUGCCUCUGGACACUCCAUCUGGUGUAAAUACAGCAAUUCGUCCCUUUCCUUGCCAUUUACAGGCAUCAUCUGACACACCAGGAUCCAGCUCUCCGGCAUCAAGCUCUCCAAGUUUGCAAACAACAAAAGUUGCAGUAAACACUGUGCCGUACAAGGAAGAAGGCAGCAUGUCUCAUGAAGUCGAACCUGGUCCAGCAAGUAGAAAAGCAUCAUUGCAAAGAUACCUUGAGAAGCGAAAAGACAGGUAUAGUUUAAAGGGCUAAGAUGUUCUUUUGGAAGAGAAUAAAACCUGUGUUCGACUCAACUAAAUGCCCUUCAAACUACCAAUUUCUGUCAUCGUGUCUGGCGACUGUGUUAAGAGGAAGAUUUAAGAGCAAUAGAAAGAUAGAGGGAUCAUCUUGUUCUACCUUGGGAAUGUAUUUGAACUAUCAAGUGAAGAUUAAGCAUCCUAAGAGGCAGUCAACCCAACACGGCAUGUAUUCACCAUCCCAUCCCAGACCACCUCACACGCCUAACUCGUAGCUCAGUUGGGAACCAGGCCAAGGAUGUUGAUCUCAGUAACAAUGGUAAGCUGCACAUCUUUCAUGGGAACAUAACUGUGUUUCAACAAUUGCAUGCCUCUUAAUCAAGAUAAAAUGAUCUGCCUGAGUCUCACAGAAUGCUCAAUCGUUCGGUGAGUCCAUGCCUUCCUUUGGCAGUCCUUGGCAACCAGGCUUUCAUCCACGUGUGUUCUAGAUGCCUAGAACUCUUGGGUACAAGGCUUAUCUAUGGGGAGCCAAGUGUUCCAGCUCUAAAUGACUGGCGGGUGGUGAACUGUUUGAUAGCUAACUUAAGAUGGAUCAUGAUUAAAGACUUAGAGAAACAAUGUCAACCUCAUGGUUUAUUCUUUGCGGAUCAUUGUCAGUUUCAUCUUUGGGCACCCUUGGGAUGAACAGCAGGAGUGAUGAGAGUACUGGUGGCAUGUGCCUCAAUUUGAUGUAAGAGAUUAUUAGCUUCAUGUUUUGGGUUGCUCUUAA